UUAGUCACUCCCCUUUCACUGAACUUUGUAUGCAUGCUACCAAAUAUCUGCCACACCACUGCUUGAUCUCCACUCCACUGACCCUCCUACCCAAAUCAUCACGACCGGAAACGCGCACCAUGCCAGCUGACAAAGUGCCUGACACUCCAGUGGAAAUCCUUGUGGACCUACUAACAAAAGCUAAUGAGAUAGCCACAACAAGUGAUAAAGUGCCAGAAGAGCUGACGCGUCAUUUGCAGAAAUGCUUGGAUAUCGCCAGUGGCCUUGAUGACUACCUGGACCAAAUGUCCACACAGGAGAGUGAACAUCUGGCAGAGCUCUAUGAAAAAACAGUUUCCCAUGACUGGGAACAAGUGCACAAAGAAGGCAAAACCAUGUUUAAGCUGCCGAAGGAAUGCAUCACUGGACAUGUUGAAGGCCAGACUCUGAAGAUGCUGGUUCAUAUGUGUCAAGCUAAGAGGAUUCUGGAGAUAGGUAUGUUCACUGGCUAUGGUGCUCUGUCCAUGGCUGAAGGCCUUCCUGAGGAUGGAUACUUAGUUGCCUGCGAAUUAGAGCCAUACCUCAAAGACUUUGCCCAGCCAAUUUUUGACAAGUCUCCACAUGGAAGGAAGAUUAAUGUACGCACAGGAUCUGCCAAGGAAACCCUUAAGGAAUUGGCUGCGGCAGGCGAGCAGUUUGACUUGAUCUUCAUUGAUGCAGACAAGAAUAAUUACAUCAACUAUUACAACUUUAUCCUGGACAACAACCUGCUGAGGUUACGAGGGGUCAUAUGUAUAGAUAACUCACUGUUUAAAGCUAAAGUUUAUCUCAAAGACACCACAGACGACAACGGACUGGCUCUUAGAAAAUUCAACCAAUUUGUCUCAGAUGAUCCCCGCGUGGAGCAGGUCAUUAUUCCACUUAGAGAUGGCAUCAGUGUGAUCCGUCGGGUUUGUGCCACUGUUGAGGGCUCUGUGACCCAGAGAAAGAUAACAGCUGAUGAAGUUUUCCAUGGGGUCCAGGGACGUCCUAUCCUAGAUCGUAUGAGGCUCGAUGGAAAGGUGGCCUAUGUAACAGGUGCUGGGCAGGGCAUAGGCCGGGCUUUUGCUCAUGCCCUGGGUGAGGCCGGGGCAAAGGUGGCCAUUGUAGACCUUGACAAAGAUAAAGCUGAGGCAGUGUCUGAGGAGCUGUUUCUAAAAGGUAUCAAUGCCAUUCCAAUCACAGCUGACAUUAGCAUCCCAGCUGAUGUGCAGAGGAUGAUCGACAGCAUCGUGUCCAAAUGGGGAGCGAUUCACAUUGCCUGCAACAAUGCGGGAAUUAACAUGAACUCAGCCAGUGAAGACACCAGUCUGGAGGAGUGGGACCAAACCUUUAACGUUAACCUGAGGGGCACGUUCAUGUGCUGUCAGGCAGUAGGUCGAGUGAUGCUGAAGCAAGGUUAUGGUAAGAUUAUCAACACAGCCUCCAUGGCCAGUCUGAUAGUCCCACAUCCCCAGAAGCAGCUCUCCUACAACACGUCAAAGGCUGGAGUGGUCAAACUGACUCAAACGCUGGGCACUGAAUGGAUUGAAAGAGGAGUGUGUGUCAACUGCAUUUCACCGGGGAUUGUUGACACCCCUCUCAUCCACUCAGAGAGUUUGAGGCCUCUUGUGCAGCGCUGGCUGUCAGAUAUCCCUGCUGGUAGACUGGCUCAAGUGACAGACCUGCAAGCUGCAGUGGUCUUCUUGGCAUCUGACGCCUCUGACUACAUGACAGGGCAUAACUUAGUCAUAGAGGGUGGGCAAAGUCUUUGGUAGAGGGGAUAGAUGAAGAGAUGAAAACCCUUUUUUCCCCUUCUUUGCUGCAUUGGCACAAGCUUCCAAGGAGAGGUUUGGUUUAUAUAUUCUUGUUUUCAUACAUUUAAAAAACAAUCACUUCAUUAAAUCCCUCUGGAUACAAACUAACAUUUGACCUGUGGUGUGAUAAGAAAAUUGGAAGCGUUUGAUUUCUGUGUCCCGUAUGACUUUGAUUCUUGUGUGCUGACUGUGGCACAAUUAUUUUUAAUAAAUGAAAAUCAUUUCUAAUGUUAAAAUCUGUGACGAUCCUUUUUGUUUAGCAGGGAAAAUUUGCUGUCAACAAUAAUUCCUUGUUUGUUUUCCAACCACAAUAAUAAUGAAAUCAUGAUUCCAAGUGCCCUGGUUGCUUCCAGCAGCAAAUAGCAGGACCAAUGGCAUUUUACUGU